AUGGCAUCCAGUGCGUUGACGGGAGAACGAAGGUGGUCUGCCAGAAGAGGUGGCAUGACUGUUUUAGGGAAAGUUGCUGUACCAAAGCCAAUUAACUUGCCCAGUCAAAGGUUGGAAAAUCAUGGUCUCGACCCAAAUGUGGAAAUUGUUCCCAAGGGGACCCAUAGCUGGGGCAGUAGAUCGUCUUCAUCCUCAUCAAAUGCAUGGGGUUCGUCUACUCUGUCUCCAUCUGAUGGUGGUACUGGUUCCCCUAGCUAUCUUAAUGGCCGUCCUUCAUCUGGUGGCGGCACAAGACCAUCAACCGCGGGUAGCGAUAGAGGCCAUGAACCCAUAGCUAAUGUGUGGAGUUCUAGCUCUAGGCCAUCAUCAGCCUCAGGUCCAUUGACAUCGAAUCAGACAGCGAUCACUGCAUCCCGUCCUCGUAGUGCUGAUACAAGACCUGGUAGCUCUCAGUUAUCUCGGUUUGCAGAACCUUUAUCUGAUAACUCGGUAGCUUGGGGUGCUCUUGGGACUGCUGAAAAACUGGGGGUGGCACAGUCUAAAAAGGAUAGCUUCUCGCUUACUUCUGGCGAUUUCCCAACUCUUGGCUCUGAAAAGGAAAAUUCUACAAAUAACACAGAUACAGCAGAGCAUGUUUUUCCUCAUGACUCGCCUUCUGAUGGAGAAUCUGUGAAAGAGAGGACAGCUGAUGCUGUAGCCGUGGAUUCUGGAAGUGCAGAUGUGAAGAGCGACAAUACAAAUGCUUGGAGAAGAGAGAGUUCCUUUUAUGAGAGAGAGGGAGUUAGGCCCAAUGUUGAGCAAUGGCAUGCUGAUCCUCAUUCAUAUCCUAAUUCUACUAUCCCUCAACAUUUCGAUGCUUGGCAUGGCCAUCCCUUGAAUAAUCAUCCUGGUGGUGGUGGUUGGUAUAGGGGUCCUCCAGGUGGUCCACCAUUUGGGGCCCCAGUUGGACCUGGUGGAUUCGCUAUGGAGGCAUUUCCUUAUUACCGGCCUCAGAUUCUCCCAGGCGCCAUGGCAAAUGCACAGCCGGUUCCCCCACAGCCAUCAGGUGGUCCAAGAGGUCCUCACCCACAACAUGGAGAUGUGUUCAGACCACCUCCCAUGCAUGAUGCUUAUAUUCGUCCCGGCAUGCCAAUUAGACCUGGGUUUUAUCCAGCACCGGUUCCUUACGAGGGUUAUUACGGUCCUCCCAUGGCAUACAACAACAAUGCUAGUGAACGAGACAUUCCUUACAUUGGAAUGCCUGUGGGUCCUGGUGCAUAUAACAGAUAUCCAAAUCAAAAUGCUCAUGAAUUUGGUAAUUCCCAUGGAAGAUCCAGUGGGUAUGGCUCUAGUACUGGUAAAGGAUUUGUUUCAGAACAACUGGAAUCUGGUCAUCAUCCUCAUGAUGCUCAAGGGCCACAUAAAGUUCUUCUGAGGCAGCGUGAAGGGUGGGAUGGAAAAGCUGGGGAGCAGAAGUGGGAUGAUAACAGAACAGCCAAUGUGGUACAUCCUGGGAAGGGAGACCACCCAAGAAAGUCAGCUUUGGAGAAUGGCAGGAGAACAGACCAGAUCAAGAGAGACAAUGGUGUUGAAACAAAAAGAGUGCUUUCUGGGAGAGAUUCUGUCACUGUUGACCACAAAGUUGGUGCUUCUUCUGUCAGAUUGAAAGGCACUGAAAAUUGUGGGAAGUCAAAUCCAUCUGAUAUGGGUCUUGAUCAGAUAUCAGAUCAUGGGGAACACGGAGCUUCCUUUUCUGAAUCAGUGUCAUGCUCUAGAGACCCCAGUCUUAUUAAAAAAAUUGAAGGUCUCAAUGCUAAGGCUCGGGCUGCUGAUGGAAGGCAAGAUGCCAAAUCUGUGAGUAGUAGAGAUGAGCAGAAGAAUAGGCCAAAAUCUGACAGUAUCAGGAACAAUCAUCAUCCUGUAAAUGAAGCUGUCAUUCCUCUGGAAAAACCAGUAUGUGAUGGGUCUGUCAACCCCGGCUCCUUUGAUGAUCAGAGUUCUGGAAGAGAUAAGAGUCUCGACUUGACAGUUAAAAGUGGUGGAAUGGGUAUAACAAGGUCUACUCAGGGCAUCCAUAUUAGAACGAUUUAUCGUGAUAAUAGAAGAUCUAAUACUCAAGAUACUGAUAGUUGGAGGCGAAUGACUCAAGUUACCGAAUCGAAUGAUGAUGUUUCAAUUGUACAUGGAAGUUCUGUUGGGCACAUCCAAGACUGUGCAUCUGUUGAGGUCACUGAGAAGUCUGUCUCACAUCAAGGCAAUGAUGGGGAGUCAAUGCUACAAGCAUCUGAGCCAACUGAUACCCAGGCUCAGCGAGCUAUGAUGAGAGAGCUAGCUCGUCAGAGACUCAAACAGAGAGAGAAGGAAGAAGAAGAGCGAACUAGAGAACAGAAGGCGAAGGCUCUUGCCAAACUAGAAGAGCUGAACAGGCGAAUGCCUGCGGGAGAAGGUUCUUCUCAGAAGCUUGAAACUUUAUCUAGUACUACUUUGCUCAAUGAGCAAGUGGAGUUGCUGAACUCUGCACAACCACCUGUAACUGUCAACGCGUCUACAGCUAAUACUGUUGUGGCUUCCAACUCGGUUGCAGUGGUACCUACUAAUGAAGGAAUCACAAAUAGAGUUGAGAUAACUACCCGUUCAUCUAAUGAAGUACUGUCACAAGAGUCCAAGAAGAAUUCCAGCGAAGCUCCUUUUGUGAUGCAUGAGCCAUCAAAAUCACGGUGCCAGGAAUCUGGUGGUGAAAAUGUCAUUAAUAAUGUCAGACAGGAGCAUGAUGAAACUGGGGAUUCAAAACAGAAGCACAUGAACUACAGGCAGAAGCAGAACAGUUAUUUGGAGAAGACUUCUGGUGACGAGGUCUCCUUGACCGCAACUGAUGCAUCAAAAAGUCAUAAUACUGGUGCAAUGCCUGAUCCUUCUGCCCCUCUUCAGGCUAUUGCUCAUGGGACUGCUUUGCCUGUCAGCCCAAGUGCAACAGCUGAGUCUUCAGCAGCACAUCCUAGGAGAAAAAACAGGAGUACAAGGAACAAGCAAAAAGUGGAGGAUGCAGCACCUUCUACUGCGGUUUCACCAGCAUUGGCUGUCUCCAAAGAUACAACUGCGUUGGAAGUUUCAGACGAAUGUGUCAAACCUAAAACUCCAGAGUCCUCCGUUGCAGCUCCUAGAUCAGUUCAGCUGGUCUCUGGUCGCAGAGGAGGAAACAGUCAGCAGCAUAUGGACCAACAUCCUACAUCACCAAAUGAAGAUAUCCAGGUCAAGUCUAGUAGUAACCAGUGGAAACCUCAACCGUCUCGAAGGAUGUCAAGGAAUCCACAGGCCAAUAAUAAAACGAUGGAUAAUAAAUUCCAUGGAAGUGAUACUGUCAUCUGGGCUCCAGUGCGGUCACAUAAUAAUAAAUCUGAAGUUGCUACUGAUGAAGGGGAUAAGAAAGUUGCUGCUAGUCUACCUCCUGUAAAAAGUGGCGACCAGCAGGUGCAUAAUACUCCUACAAAGAACAAAAGGGCAGAAAUGGAAAGAUAUGUUCCAAAGCCAGUAGCCAAAGAGAUGGCCCAGCAAGGAAAUGCUAACCAUCCUGUGGCUUCUUCUCCUGUCGUUGUCCAGAUGUCUGCACACGAGACUGUUGUUGGCAGUUUAUCAAUUCCUUUGGGGCCUGUAAGUUCACAAACCACUGUCACCCUCCAGUUUGGUUCCAUUGCUGAAGCCACCAGGAAUGGGGAGAGCUCCAGACAGAUUAAGCCUGGGAAGGUACAGGGGUCAUCAUGGCACCAACGUUCUUCAGCUGAAUCACAAACUUCAACCUCAAAUCCUAGUUUUCAGAAGUCAACCGAGAGUCAGCAGGAACCUCAGAACAGAUCAGACGCAACAAGUUCAGUGAAAGAGCAGCUGUCAGAACCAACUGAUGAAUGGACAGAUGGUUGGACAAUGCCUGAAGAGCCUAAUGCACCAAUGCCAGUCUCUAGUUUUAAGGAUCAGACAGCUACUGCCAGGGGAAGACGGCAGCCACAGAAGGGGCAAACUAGAGUAGGACACAAUCCCGACAGUGUGGAGACACAAAUCGGCGGGGACAAUGAAAAGGCUCAUACACAGUCUUGGCAGCCCAAGUCCCAGUCAACUUCUGGUACUGGUCAACGGGCAAAGAAGCCUAAUAAUAAUGAUGGUCAGAAUGUUGCUGCAGAAGCAAGUAGCAGGGCAAAUAAAAGGGGUCCAAGUUCGACUGCUGUGGGGGUGUCUGUACCACCACCUAAAGAUAAGGAAGUAGCUACUGGAAGGACAACUGAAGUGUAUCCUUCUGAUAAAGAGGGUGGUAGGAGGGAGAGGAAGGUGACCUCUCACAAAGGACAUAACAACUCUACUAGCCCUGUGGAGCCAGCAGCUUACGACCAAAACUGUCCCUCUUCAGGAUACAGGAGAGGCGGUGGAAACCAGUUCAACAAUGAUCAUCGCGAGGCUCGUGAGGAAUGGAGUGGAACUGCAAGAGAUAACAACAGGCAACAUAAUGUACCAGCAGCAAACAGGGAAAGGCCGACGAGGCAAAGUUCUCAUUACGAGUACCAACCAGUUGGGCAACAAAAUAAAAGCAAGGGAAGUAACUUUGAGCCUUCUUCCAAAGAUGGAUUUCAUGCUUCUUCAGGCUCAAGGUUUAGGGAAAGGGCUCCGAAUCACACUAGACGUGGUGGGGGCGAGUUUCAUGGACGUCGAGGUGGCAGUUUUAGGGUAUUAGAGACUAAUAAUGAUUAG